GUAAACCAAAUAAAACAAAAAAAACAAAAAACAAAUAAAAAACAAUUAUGUUUAAAUUCAUAAUCCCGCUUGCAAUUGUCAGCUUCAGCGUGAUCUUCAGCCAUUUGCAGCCUGCUCUAGCUAUGCCACGACCGGGCGAUUUCCGGGAUGCUGUCGAAGAGAUCGAUGUACCGCCCGAACAUCGUGCUGCUCCGCCGCAAGCUGCUCAGCCAUCUGUCCCGCUAUACCCAAGAGCCAUAUUCCCUGCCAUGCCCGGCACAUAUCCAUUAUUCUUCCAAACACCAAACGGUUUUGUACCCUUCGCCAAUACAUACAAUGCGUAUCCUGCCCUAGCCCCAACAAUUGCUAUUUAACAUCAUGCGAUAUUAGAUAAAUAGACGAAAUACUUGACAUUUUCUUUUAUGACAACACAAUUAUAAUAUAGUUUAAAAGGGAUUUUUUACGGCAGUUUUGUUUUACUUUUUAUUAAAAAAAAAAAAAAU